AUGGAGAAGAGCAACUACACCAUGGCUAAGUUUGGGUUGGAGACCAAGGAGGCGAUGCCCAAGAGGGACUGUGGUUUUUAUGUCAAGUACAUCUUCCUCUUCACCUCCCUCAUCCAGUUCCUCAUCAUCCUGGGCUUGGUGCUCUUCAUGGUGUACGGCAACGCUCAGGCGGGCACCGACACGCACCUGAGGGCCUUGGAGGAGCAGGUCCAGAACAGCUACAGCAAAAUCAUCACCCUCAGUGCCAGGAACCUCAACCUGACUCGCACCCUCAAUGCCACCCUCAAGGACAAGCAAGGUCUGCAGGUGCUCCUCCAGAAGGUCCAGAAAGACUUGGAUAAAUGCAACAGCAGCCAAGGUCCCAACCUCAAGCUGCAGGAGAUAGUGAAGUUCACCUACCUCCAGAAGACCAAGCUGGACGAGUGCUACAUGACCAUCAGCGUCAUCAAUGCCAGUUGCAAUAUUGAAAAGGCUCGAGUGAAGAGUCAGCUGGAGCAGACAACCCUGAGCAUGAAGGAGCUGGAGGAGAGCACCCGCCAAGGUGGUGCCACGCUGAGCCAAGCCACCCAGCAGCUGGAGAGGUGCCAGCAGGACCUUCUGACUGCCAGGACCGACUACGAGUCCAUCAAAUCCCAGAGGGACCUGCUGAAGGAUGAGUGUAGAUCCUUGAGGUCUGACAUGAGCUACACCUUCCAGCGCGUCAAGGACACGCUCAACCCCUACAGCUGCAAGGAUGCCCACGACCUGGUCAAUUGGUUGGCACAGAGGACAGAGGGCUUCUUCCUCUGGCAGCAGGAACGAGAGACCAAGUACGUGGGGAAGAGUGUCUGUGACAUGUACGUGCACCAGUGCCGUGUCAACUGCUCCAGGGAGAGGCAGGAGCUGGAGAAGAGGCUGCAGGAUGCUGAGAAGCAAAUCAAAGGUGGCCAAGAGGAGAGGAAGAAGCUGGUGGCAGAGAAGGAGAAGCUCAGCAAGGAGCUGAAGGAGAAGGCAAACGCAGCCACACAGGCUGGGUACUUCAAGGAGCAGCUCAACAUCUGCUUGGGGUCCAAGAUGGGCAUCUUCUCCGAGCUGAGCGGACCGCGGGCGCCAGGCAGCGCGGCGUGGCCAGGACCCUUCGCCAGCCCCGACUCCUACAUGGAUGUUCUGAGGAACCAGGGAGUCUUCGGCAGUACGGGGAAAAUCAACACAGAGGACAUCCAGCGCUCGGUGCAGAAGAUCAUGGAGCAGUACACGUCCUCCCUGAAGAACCCCAGCGGCUAAGAGCCGAGCAGCGGAUGGAGAACGGCAGUGAGGCACCCAAGGAGAAGCCCAGGAGGUGCUUCCAGCAGCACGGACGGCAAACUCCAACCGGCAGCUGGCACCACCACCAUCCUCCCCCCACCCUAGGGUGGGGGCCAACAGCACGGUUGCAGCUGGGGUCUCCCUCCCCUGUCCCCUUCCUCACCUUCCCCCCUCC